AUCGUUCCUGAAUAGGUGGCGCCGUGGUAGCCGAUCCUGUACUUCAACUUCUGGUUUCUGCACUGUGCAACUAUUACAGUUGCAUUUUUAAUUAACGAUGCCAAGUACUUGUUGUUGUGUACCUGGAUGUCAUUUAAGAGGAGGACAUGCAUUUCCAAAUGACUUAAAAAGAAGGAAAAGUUGGAUCAACGCCAUGGCCCAUACGCAGAUUGGACGAGAACACGAUGAAAUCGUGGAGUCCAUCUCAAUCAGCUGUUGUUUGCAAGGCACAUUUUACUGAAAAAGACUACGUGCAGGAAACUAUUCAUGGGCACAAACCCACCAUACAGAGACUUAAGUCUACUGCCAAUCCCAGCCUAUUUUCCUGGACCAAGCAAGAGACUGAAUCGUCCGCAAAAAGAAAAAUCAGGGCAGUUUCCUGUGAAAACAAAAGAACUAAACUUGAUGAAUAUUGUAGUAGAAAUCUAGAGGAAAGUUUUGAUUGUAAAGUUGGUUUUCCUGAAGAAGUAAUUCAUACUGCAGACAGGAUUUAUGACUGUCCACCACCAACUGCCGAGCUAAUGUUGAGCUUCACAGAUGGAAUUACGCAAACACCAUCAAUGCCUAUAUUUUCAGCAGAGAAUUUUGAAAUGAAGACACAUGACACAGCCAUGCAUUUUUAUACCGGUUUAGAGUUGUAUACUAAAUUUUUAUUUGUUUUGACCACACUUGGUCCAACAGCACAUUGUUUGAGAUGCAUAUAUUUUCAAAUUGAUAGGAUGUCAUUUGAAAAUCAGUUUUUUUAUGACUUUGAUGAAAUUGAUGCAUUAUACAACCAACUUUGAACUGUCUAGAUUCUAGAUUGAAACUAGUGUUAAGAAUAUUGUGUAAACAUGGAUUGUUUUUAUGUCUAAACAGUGGCGUGAGGCUAACACUUGGCCAUUUAGUGGUUUAGUCAGGUAUUUUUCGCCAUCCAACUUAGAAUUAAAGUUUCCUACAACUUGGAUUAUUAUUGACAGCACAGAAUAUCCCGUGAUAAAACCUAAAGCUCCUAGAGCUCAGGCAACCUUUUCAUCAUAUAAAAACAGAAACACUGAAAAUACUUGUAUGUUCGACACCUGGUGGUUUAGUCAACUAUGUCUCUAAUGCAUAUGUUGGUUCUACCAGUGACUGUGAAAUAGUUGAAAGGUGUAGAAUAGUUCAAUUAUGUGAUCCAGGUGACAGUGUGAUGGCAGACAAAGGUUUAAAUGUGCAAGAUUUGUUUGCUCAUUUUUUUCAAAAAAAGAAACAGAAUUAGUUCCAAAACUCUUAUACGGGAUAGAAAAGUCUCCAAUUAACACAUGCACAUAGAGCUAAUUAUUGGACUUGGCAAAACAUACAAAAUUCUAAUAAAUCCUAUGAAUGGAACUGAAACAAAACUUUCAUCUGAAAUAACAUUUAGUUGUUUUAUGUUGUGUAAUUUUAGAACUUGUAUUGUGCCAAAGGAUGCAUAAAUAAAAGUGACGCAAUGAA